GCUCGGCGGCGGCCGGGCUUCCAGGCGGACGCGCCACUAUGGGGUCGUCAAAGAAGCACCGCGGAGAGAAGGAGGCGACCGGGACCACGGCGGCAGCCGGUACCGGGGGCGCCACCGAGCAGCCACCUCGGCAUCGGGAGCACAAAAAGCACAAGCACCGGAGUGGCGGCGGCGGCGGCGGAGGCAGCGGCGGCGAACGAAGGAAGCGGAGCAGGGAGCGCGGGGGCGAGCGUGGGAGCGGGAGGCGCGGGGCCGAAGCCGAGGCGCGCGGCGGGGCGCACGGACGGGAACGAAGCCAAGCGGAGCCCUCCGAGCGGCGCGUGAAGCGGGAGAAGCGCGAUGACGGCUACGAGGCCGCUGCCAGCACUAAAACCAGCUCAGGAGAUGCCUCGUCACUUAGCAUUGAGGAGACCAAUAAACUCCGGGCGAAGUUGGGGCUGAAACCCUUGGAGGUCAAUGCUGUCAAAAAAGAGGCGGGCACCAAGGAGGAGCCUGUGGCAGCAGAUGUCAUCAACCCCAUGGCCUUGCGACAGCGAGAGGAGCUACGGGAGAAGCUGGCUGCUGCCAAGGAAAAGCGUUUGCUAAACCAGAAGUUGGGGAAGAUAAAGACACUAGGGGAGGAUGACCCCUGGCUGGAUGACACUGCCGCCUGGAUUGAGAGGAGCCGGCAGCUGCAGAAGGAGAAGGACCUGGCAGAGAAGAGGGCCAAGCUGUUAGAAGAGAUGGACCAAGAGUUUGGUGUCAGCACUCUGGUGGAGGAGGAGUUUGAGCAGAGGCGGCAGGACCUGUACAGCGCCCGGGACCUGCAGGGCCUUACUGUGGAGCAUGCCAUUGAUGCCUUCCGAGAAGGGGAGACUGUGGUCCUCACCCUUAAGGACAAAGGUGUGCUACAAGAGGGGGAGGAUGUGCUGGUGAAUGUGAACAUGGUAGACAAGGAGCGGGCAGAGAAGAACGUGGAACUGCGGAAGAAGAAGCCUGACUACCUGCCCUAUGCUGAGGAUGAGACUGUGGAUGACUUGGCACAGCAAAAACCUCGUUCUAUCCUGGCCAAGUAUGAUGAAGAGCUGGAGGGUGAGCGGCCACACUCCUUCCGUUUGGAGCAGGGUGGCAUGGCUGAUGGUCUACGGGAGCGGGAGCUGGAGGAGAUCCGGGCCAAACUAAGGCUACAGGCUCAGUCCCUGAGCUCUGUAGGUCCGCGUCUUGCCUCUGAGUACCUCACACCUGAGGAAAUGGUGACCUUCAAGAAGACCAAGCGAAGGGUAAAGAAAAUCCGCAAGAAGGAGAAGGAGGUGGUAAUGAGAGCAGAUGACUUGCUGCCUCUUGGGGACCAGACUCAAGAUGGAGACUUUGGUUCUAGGCUGCGGGGCCGGGGUCGGCGCCGAGUUCCUGAGGUGGAGGAGGAAGCCCCUGAGGAAGAGGAGAAGGAACCUGUUUCCCAGCCUCUACCAUCAGAUGAUACCAGGGUAGAAAACAUGGAGAUCAGUGAUGAAGAGGAUGGGGGAGCCCUGCCUUCUGGGACCCCAGAGGUGCUGGAGGAAGAUGAGGCAGAGACGGAGCUGCAGAAACAGCUAGAGAAGGGUCGCCGGCUGCGGCAGCUUCAGCAGCUGCGAGACAGUGGCGAGAAGGUGGUGGAGAUCGUGAAGAAGCUGGAAUCUCGACAUCGUGGCUGGGAGGAGGAGGAGGAUCCCGAGCGGAAGGGAACCAUCGUGUUCAAUGCCACUUCAGAAUUCUGCCGCACCCUGGGGGAAAUCCCCACCUAUGGGCUAGCUGGCAACAGGGAGGAGCAGGAAGAGCUUAUGGACUUUGAACGGGAUGAAGAGCGUUCAGCCAAUGGUGGAUCUGAAUCUGACGGGGAAGAGAACAUCGGCUGGAGCACAGUCAACCUUGAUGAGGAGAAGCAGCACCAGGAUUUCUCUGCCUCCUCCACCACCAUCCUGGAUGAGGAGCCCAUCGUGAACAGAGGGCUGGCUGCUGCCCUGCUCCUGUGUCAGAACAAAGGGUUGCUGGAAACCACAGUACAGAAGGUGGCCCGAGUAAAGGCCCCCAACAAGUCACUGCCCUCAGCCGUGUACUGCAUUGAAGACAAGAUGGCCAUUGAUGACAAGUACAGUAGACGGGAAGAGUACAGGGGCUUUACCCAGGACUUCAAGGAAAAAGAUGGCUAUAAACCUGAUGUUAAGAUUGAGUAUGUGGAUGAGACUGGCCGGAAACUCACCCCUAAGGAGGCCUUCCGACAGCUGUCCCACCGCUUCCAUGGGAAGGGCUCAGGGAAGAUGAAGACAGAGCGGCGGAUGAAGAAGCUGGAUGAAGAGGCGCUCCUGAAGAAGAUGAGCUCCAGUGACACACCCCUGGGCACUGUGGCAUUGCUCCAAGAGAAGCAAAAGGCCCAGAAGACGCCGUACAUUGUGCUCAGCGGCAGUGGCAAGAGCAUGAAUGCGAACACCAUCACCAAGUGAAGCUGCUUCCCUUCCGACCCUUUCCCCAGCUGUAAUGUUAAAUAAAGUUCCCUCCUUAUUUUUUC